GUUAAUUAUAAAAUAACUAUUUUUAAUUGCAAUUUAAAUGUCACAAUUCUUUUAAUUGUUCUAUUUUUAAAACUAGUUGAUGAAAUUAUAUCUUAUAUAUUAUUAGCAGAAUGGUACACUGACAUUCACAAGAGGACAAAUUCAAUUGAAGAAUGAAACACUUUCAUAUUAUUCCUUAAAUCUUAAAAGUCAACAAUAAUGAAACAGAUACUCAAAAUGCAACUGUUGUUUAUUCUCUGGAAUCUGUUAACAAGGACAUCUUGGACAAUUCCAUUUGGAUCAUCAGGCUAUGAUACAACACCACAGAUAGCCAAUAAUAUAGACAACCUGUCUUCAGCAAUACAUGAGGAAGUACAUGCUGAAAGCAAUAGAGAUCUCCAAGAAUCGGAAUUUGAAAGGAUGGAUAAUACUCAAGAUGUAACUCGGGAAUCAUUUGACAUUGAAGAAAAUUUGAAUGUAAUAUCAGACAAACCUGAUGAAUAUAUCAAUGGAAGCAUUCAUGAAGAAAUUGAAAGUAAAACUAUGGAGAAUGAUGGCGAUGUAAAAGUGGCCCAUACUGGCAUAGGGGGCAGUUCUACAAAUUCAAACACUAUUUAUACUGAGUAUAACAAAGCCCAGAUCCAAGAAAAUGGUGAUGUAUCUAAUGCUAUUGACACUACAAGCAAUGAUUUUGAUGAUGGAUUUAAUGUUGGUAUUACCAACCCAAAUAAGGACCAUACCAAUGAAGCAGAAAUUGAGAAUAAUAUCACUAACAAUACCACAAAUGCUCACUUGAAUAGUGAUACUGAUACAAACAUGACAGAAGAUGAAAUUCUUGAUGGAAACAAUAUUAUCCCAAAUGAUGCUCAACCAGCUCUGUCUAUUAGCAGGAAUGAAAACAAAGAUGGCCUUAUUGAUGCUGAUACUCAUGAAAACGAGGAGCACACAUCUUCCGGUGAUAUCUCACCUGUAAUUCCAGACUACCCAGAUGAGGGUAUGCAAUAUAUGGGUGAUAUAAUGAGACAAUUUAUUGACUCUAUUGAGCAUAAUUAUCCCAAUAGAAUUAACAGUAUGAAUGGCAAGAUUGAAGGUCCACAUGUUGGGGUUAAUCAUGCUCUUGAUAAGAUCAGUGGUGAAAAGGACGAUUCUGAUGAUGUAAAUAAUGAGAUAAAGGAUGUUCAGGGAGAGGUUGGUAGCUUAAAUGAAAAUGAUGAUGAAGCUCCUAUGGAAGAAAUUGAUGGGUCCCCUGAUGUAACAACAGAGACUGGUGAUACUACCAUUGAGCUCACUACAUUACCCCACAAGAUAACAGAGAAUGGUACAGCUUGGGUAAAUAAUGAGGGUACAAUUCCUGAUGAAGUUCAAGGUCAAAAUGUUGACAUGGGAGAAGAUAUGAUCACAGAAACUAAUGAAAUAACUGGAUUUGAUACAGACAAAAAACAUGAGACACCAAAUCAUAAUGUGGUUGGUGAUGUCUAUGCUUCAGUGCAUCCAAGAAAUAACACAGGCUACAAUACUCCCCCUAUGAUACAUUUCAUAUUUGAGCAGGUCACACCUGAAUCUGUUCCCAGUACAGACCAAGAUAACACAUUAGGGAAUAUUAUAUCUGAAGAUAUGUGGAUUGACGAUAUAAGGGAGGCAGGUGUAGGGGUACUUGAGGAACAGAAACUCUACUCAGAGCAGACCAUCGGUGAUUAUACACCUGUCACAGGUAUUAUCAAUGCAACAUCUGUGGACAAUUAUACCAGCUCAAUCAAUGAACAAAUAACUGACAACUCUACAGAGAAUCGUUAUAAUAAAACAUCCAAUCUGGAUAGCCCCGGGCAGGAUAAUCAAACCAAUGUUGAUGAUUUUGAUGAUGACAGGCAUAUCAAGAUUGAUACCACAUAUGUUGUUAGUGUCAUCUCCACAGGCAAUGAUACUGUUGCUGAUUAUAGCAAUACCACUCUCAAUGGGAAUGUUACUGGUAAUGGGACUGUUAAAUCUGAUUUUAUUGGUUUCCUCUCAAAACACCAGUUUAGUUGGAUUGAUAUCAUUAUUGCUACUGUGUGCUCUAUUGGCGCUGUUUUGUUCAUUGUUCAAGGGAUUUUCUUCCUCCAUUUUUGUGUUACCAAAUGUCGCUGCCAUCUAGCGAAGGAUUUCACACCACACCAACCACUAACUCCCCCUGGUGAGCAAACAGCUCAAAGUGUCUACACUGUAAAGAUGGACAGUGUUAAGAUCAAAUCUUCUACUCACACCAGCUAUAACAAACCCAAUCGACAUAGGAGACCCAAGCAAUCACAUGACACACUUUUCCAGUCAGGAUCUAUGGAUUCUGGGAGUUCUACAACCUCCUCAGUUGGGACACAAUACGAAAACACAGAUGCAUUUGUUGCAAGUUUUCUGAGCAGUGAUCUCAUUGUAGAAUUGAAUGAUCGUGAUAGCGCAUGUACGGAGAUCAGUGAUGGCUUCACUUUCAGUCGGGAUUUUCAACUCCCCGAAAUCAGCACUGAAUUGUGAACAUCUGCAUCACUAUCAGGCUAAUAUAUCACAUCAGUUCAUUCAAGUUCUGCACUUUCAGAAAAAAAAUUCAUAAUGGUAACAAAAUAUUUCACUUUGAUUUAUGUAUUUUACCAUAAUGUGUAAAUAUACUCAUGAAUUAUGAAAAUAUUGCCAAUUUCAUAAACAUUGGGAAUUGUAAUUAUGAAAUUAUAAAAAAAAUACUCAUCAUGUGGCUCUACAAUAAUAAGAAGGUGUACAACCACUUAUAUCUACAUGUAGUUAAAACUAUUUAACACAAUUAGUCAAUUUUUUUUUUAUUUACUAAGCUGUCACAUAAAAUGCAUGAUUGCCUUUUGUCAGCAUACAAUGGAGAACAGGAAACAUGGAGUACUAGUUCAUCCCAUCAGAUCAUUAAUUGGACAAUUGAGUGCAAUGCUACUGCAUAUUGGGAAUAUAAUAAAUUAUACAUCAAGGGCAUAUCUAUUGAUUAGACCUGUUAUGUCAGCAAGAAAAAUUAGCUGUAAAGUACUACCAAGGGCACAUCCGAUUUUAGGUUUUACUAAUUGAUAAACAAUAUUUUACCCUUUGAUUCUAAGUUUUGAGUGUAAUUCUUCCCUACUCUGACCAAGAAUGAGAUAGCCAGCUAUUAAUGGCAGGAUGGAUUGAUUUUUGAACUUAUAGAUAUCUUUUCUCAUGGAAAAUAAUGAUACAAUAUAUAUACUGUAACCCAAAUCAUCAUUUUAAAUAAUGCCUGUGGAAACAGUGUAAAUUGAUUUAUCUUAUCUAUUUCACGUUUCAACAUAGAAUUUUGCAUUUUUUAUUAUGAGUAACUUAUUGAAAUUAGUUUUUUUGUAAAAUCUUAUUCUUAUGCAUGUUAUUUAUUGAUAUCAAUGUCUUUUAAUUAAAAUAAUUAAAAAUAUGGCCUCUGUGGUUUAUAUUAGAGUCACAUACAUUAUUUACAUCAUUGUAUUAUAUCGGAUAAGUCAAUACAAUAGAAGGUCUUUCUUACAUACAAAUAUCCCUUGCAAAAAUAUAAUUAUUACUUUUGAGAGAGAGGUAAAUUAAAGAAUAAAAUCAUAUUUGUUUGUAGUUAAACAAGAAUAUGUAAUAUUUUCAGUAUUUGUAUUUUAUUUAUAUUUGAUCAACAUAUAAUGAUGCUUUUGUGAAAUAUUUGUGAAUGUGUAGUUUAAUGUAAGGGAUAUUCUUGUGGCGAUCAUUGUAUAUCAUGGGGUUAUGAGUAAUCUAGUCUGAAUAAAGGAUUCUUUCAUUUUUGUAAGUAUUGUUUAGAAUCUCUUGUAUUGUAAUUAGAGUUUAUCUUGUACGAUAUUGCAUGUUUCUACUUAAGGUCAGUUUGGAUCUUGUUAUAUAGGUUUGUUUUGAACUGCUAUCCUAUACAUGUACAUAUACUAGGCCUAUACAUUCAUAGACUAUAAUGUAUAUUGACAUUUGUAAUUUUGUAAAAUAAUUUUUCUAAUGUUGUAUAUAG